UAUUUUGCAAGAUUUGAGGGUUAUGUUUCUAUUGUCUGACCCUCGUUGAUAGUUGGGAAUGUGAGUGUAAUCUGGCGCUGUUUCAGGAUGUCAUUCCUAGAAAAUUCAAGCCAUAGUGUGCUUCUGGAUUGCAGUGACCAAGAAUCCAGCAUGAAAGGAAGCACAGUGGCCUGGGCCGGUGCCGACCUGCUGGACCCUGGCAGCGAUGGGGCGGACUUCGACAUCUCCAGCUUCUUCAACCAGCUGACGGCGGCAACACCGGCGCCGGACCCGGGAUCCGUACCGGGGUCGGGGCCGGGGCCGCCUGGCUCCAGCCAGCUGAUGGACCGCACGUGUGUGGCAGCUGAGCUGAAUGAGGGGCUGUCGGCGGUGGACCAGCACACGGUGGGCGAGUUAUGUGCAGCUGAUGGCGAGUUAUGUGCGGCUGCUGCCGAGGCCAGCGCUGCCGACCUGUCGGCCCUGCUUGGAGAACAUGCAGAGUUACAGGAGGCGCUGCUGGCUGCCACGGAGCCCGCGCCGCCCCCCGGGAAGACAUUCGUUGUCGUUAAAAAACAGCAGCGGGGGUCCCGUCGGCCGGGGGUGGGGCGUCCCAAGAGGACGCCGCCCGAGUACGGUGACCCUCCCCCGGCGCCCCUCUCCGCCUACAACCUGUUCGCCAAGGAGCAGUACCCCCGGCUCAAGGCCCGAUGGCGGGGACUCAACGUGCGGAGGGCCGGUCCGAAGCUGUCCAGCCUGUGGGCGGGUCUGAGCCCGGCUGAGCGUGGCGUGUACCAGGAGCGCGCCUACCAGCAGAAGGAGCAGUACCGGCAGCAGCUCACCGACUACCGGCGGCGGGCGAGGUUGUGGCGCCGACGCCAGGCACAAGGUCAGUCAGCCGAGGGGGACGGCGACUCGACUGACCAACCCGAGGUCCACUCCGACGACGACCGCAACGACCUCUACUGCCGACUCUGCGACGCCUACUUCAGCAGCUCCCACAACAAGGAGCAGCACCUGCACAGUCGGCAGCACGUGCGCGCCAUCUCGCUGCAGGCGGCCGAGUGGCCGGCGGCGUCGGCCGACAGCGAGGACGAGCGCCCAGACUCGCCGCUCGAGCCGCCGGCGGACGUGUCCGGCGCGCUCGAGGACGUGCUGCACCAAACCGUCCGUCGCGAGCAGGAGAUCCGCUGCCUGACGGAGGCCCGCGCGCAGCUGGGCGAGCAGCAGCGCCAGCUCCGGCAGCUGGCUGACGAGCUGGAGGUGCGCCACGAUAGGGCGGCCAUGGACCUGGAGUCGGAGACGUCACACAGUCGGCGGCUGACCGACCAGCUGGAGAACCUGCUGCUGGUGCCCACCCUGUUCGGCGUCAUGAGCCAGUGGAGCUGCGACGCCCAGCCCGGCGGGGUCAGCUGACGCGAGGCCAGCGCCAUCUCGGAACGGCCCGCCACACUCGCAGUUUGACGCCGUGCCGCCGUGCGGUCUGCCGUUGUCCAGCGUGCAGUUGGCUCAGUGCCUGCGAAGGGCUGAUGCACGGAAGUGGGGUGAUGUGUAUCGAUCUCAGACGGCAUUUUGCUGUUUCGGUCUGCUUAGCAAUGUAUUACAAAUGCUCACUUCGCUUUAUCGUCCUUGCUGGUGGCCGUUGUAUUUAUGCGGUGAUGACGAGAGCGAGCAGCGUUUGUUCCCAUGGAUGAUGUGCGGUAUUUAAAUGAUGUUUUGUU